AACCGUUGGAGGAGGCGUAUCGUUGCCGGCCGACGAUCUCGCGUCCGUAAUAUCGUGGGCUCGGUGCAAUGCUGUUUGCAUAGGGAUGUUUGUACCCAGAUAGUGGUUCCCGCGUUCGAGGAUUUACUGUGCAGUGACUCAAUGUGUACCCUGGACGAAUGCUCGCCAAUACUUUUGUGAAAGUGUGUUUGAUUGUAUGUUACAAAUAAAUAAGAACAAUAAUCAAAUAAUAAAAAAAGUCAUUUAUUAUAACAGUGACAUAUCUACGUGUUUGUUACAAAUACCCAAGAUCUACUUGUACCUGUAAUUUGACAAAUAAUAAACGGCCAAACUCGCGUUCGCGUCAUGCCAUCUAUGAUUAAGGGUCCCGGAUGGUCCCAAAAGUAGUCGAGCAUUCACGACAAAAAUACAAAUGUCGUUGUAAACUUCGAGACAUCAUUAUAUAGAUAACUUGCAAGAAAACUGCGUAUGGCCGAAAGAUACAUAAGGAGUCCUGCAGAGGCGUCGCCGUACGCUUUUUGGACACACAAAAAUGGUCUCCCUACAAACACUUACCAACAAAAUCUUCAAGAAGAUGCUGUUAUAAAUAGGGGUAAUCCUAAUACCAAUAUAAAACAAGAUGUUAAUGCAGAAGAUAAUAAUAGCGAAGCAGCAAAACAUAAGACUGGUAAUAGCGAUACGCCUAAUGUUAUAGCGACUGAAGUAAAUCAAGAUACAAAUAAUCAAGUAUAUGAUGAUGAGGAAGUCAGAAAAAACGUGUGGAGCGACGUCGACGAUGAUACCUACAUAGCAGAAAUAAUUAAACUAAGGACUACAGAUGAAGUGAGACGGGAUAUUCGUGAUACUAGUGAUUUUAGUGAUAACAGUGAUAAGGUUGUGAGUAGUGAUAAGUUAGAUUAUAACGAAAUGUGGGAAUUGGAGCCCACGGACUUGACGGAGUGUGACUGUUUAGGGCCACCUCCAGAGUUCCUGCUGCCUCCACCGCCAAGACCACCUUUCCUCCAAGCGGAUUAUUACUGCGGGGACGAUCCUAUACCUGACUUAGAGACUUGCGACACAGAACCAAAGAUUGACGCAUACAACCACAGCGGGCCGUCGUUGCAGACGUCGGCCGUCAUCGCUCUUUGUUCUAUCGUACUGGUGCUUGGCGUUCUAGUUGGUGCUAUCCUCGUCUGGAAGCAUAAACGGAAAGUGACCAACCUGCUACCUUCGAAAUCAUCAGCUCCAAGCCAGGCCGGGUCCCAGCGGAGGGUGCCGCCUCCUGCUCCUCUUUACGAAGACCUGCAGGAUCUGCCCAGACGGCCACCACUGCCGCACAGACCGGACCUUGAGCCCCAAUUGGAGAUGGUGGAGACCAAAAGACCCAAUUGUGCUGGACGAGUUUUCGUCUGCGGCUCAGGUGGCACUUGGCGUGGUGGAAACACAUGUGGGGGGGACACGUGCGGUGCACCGCUUUACGAAGAGCUCCCACACCGAUCAGACGACUCUCUGCAUAGUGAUGACCACUUCGCAGAAGACGAACUGAGUCUAGUCGGUGAAGCCGCUCCGUGCCGGACUUGUUUGAGACCUCCUGCACCCCAAUCGCUGCCCCAUCGCCCCAGACAUCAGCGGUUAGACAGAAGGCCUAAAUCAUUAGAGCGUAGAAGAACCCAACACAGAAUGCCUCGACAUAUCCAUCCACCGGACCCCUCGGAAUUCCACGAAGGUGUGUUACUGGAUGCUUUGUUAAGAUUAUAUCCCCAAGUUGGUACAGUCGGAGCGAGACCUCCGGGGCCGAUGCCCGUCGGAGCUGGAGGGGCUUGGCCUGGUGGUGAAUUGCCUGGUAUUGGAUGUUGGAGAGGGCCAAGGGCGUCUCCGAAACCCCCCAGCGGAGAUUCUUCCUUCGGCUCUGAUUCUGGUUAUAGCAAUAAUACGUGCGGCACUUGUGGUACGCGAGCCUCGUCGAGACAUCGACUAUCAGCCGAAAUCCCUAUGUCAUGAACAGACUGGUGGACUUUAGGAGACUUGUGUGAAAUGGUCGUGUGCCAUAACCGUGUCACAGUGAUACUGGACUAUCAAUUUUAUAAAACAGGAAUUAAUAUAAUCGAUAUUAUAGUAUCGUAAAUUUUGUAGACUUACCUAAUGGCCUAACUGAUUACUAUGGCCUCAAUUUUUCUGCCUUCUAGACAGAGUCUGUCCCCUAAUUAGAAACCACUGUUGAAUACGAACCCACAUGAUCCUCGUAGGGACUACUUUUCUACAAUUCUGUACAUAAUUAAUUCUAUUAAAGUAGAGAAUUUGGCCCUAUUAGGAAAUAGAGAAAUUGAUCCAUUUUUUUCUUUUCCACUAUAAUUAUUAUUAAUAUAAUUUUGUACAAAAACUACGUGACCAUAUUUGAGUAGUGAUAGAAAUUUCGUCCUAGUAAGUUAUUUGAACUAGUCCUAAAUUUAUCACAAUUAUCGAAUUAAUAAAUUUGGACACACCACUGUGUCGGAUAAAAGUGUUGUGUAUAUUGAUUUCUGAAUUUGUAGAUAUUGUAAAAAGUAGAUAAAACAAUUAAGCGAAACAGUGGGUUGAAUUUUAUAAUCAUAUCAUAAAAUAUUCACAUUGCAUUAAAUACAAUAGGUGUAAAAUCACAGUUUUCCAAAAUUGUAUUUUCCAAUCAUAAUUUUAUUACUUUCCCAUUGGUGCUAUUUUUGACUGUCCAAUGUGACAAUGCGCAUUGUAUUUCUUAAUAGCAUUUUUUUAUAAUUAUAUUAUUUUUUUUUCUCUAUCACAAUUAUUAUGUAUGCUUGUGAGAAAACAUCGGAAUAUACUUUGAAGUUCCCAAUUGGAACGUGGCUUGUAUUAUAUAUCUAAAUACCUAUAAAAUAUGGACUUUAUUAAUAAAAAUUGGAUACGGUGUAAUAUUGUUUGAUUGUCGAAAUGAAAAUUGUUUUUGUUUUCUGUUUUUAUUGUAUGUAUAAUUUAUUUUUUUACAAUUUGUUCCAUUUUUGUAUAGAAAUAAAGUUGAAACACUAUUGUAAUCAAAUCGUGGAACGGCAAUUCCAUUUAUAAAAUAUGAAAAGCACAAUAAAAUGAAAA